CCAGCGCAUGCUCAACUAAUGCAACGCAACGUCCACUGAUUAACCCCCGCCUACUUACUUACCUACCUAUCUACCGAACGGACGGACGAACGGACGAACGAACGAACGAACGAACGGACGGACGGACGAAUCUCAUCCACGCGCAAAAGCGACCAACCCACCAACCCACACAAACACCACACAACCACACAUACUAGGCAAAAUGCCCCCCAAAGCAUCCCGUGGCCGAGGGGCAGCCACCAGCGCUGGCACCCGCUCGAAUGCCACCGCGAACGCAGCGCCCACGAGCGCAACUGCAACCUCAACACCUGCUCCCGACACCACAACCCCCGGCCCAUCCACCUCCACACGCGCACCCGUGCAACGCCUGCAAUCCCUCAAAAAACGCACGCCCUCGGGCAGCAUCGGGCCCUCCGCCGCUGCCUCCGCCUCCGCCUCCGCACCCAGCGGCCCCCCCGGUACCGGCGAACCCGCGAAACCAACCCUCAAAUACAAGCCCCGGGCGGUCAACCGCCGAAGCAAAGAAGAGCGUGAUGCGAUCGAGAAGCUCGAGGCACAGCGGCACCGCGAGCGUUUAGCGGAAGCGGCUGCGAUUCAGCGCGGCCGGGGCACCUCGGGCCCUGGGGGCCGGGGGGCCGGGUUCGGAGCCCGCGGACGGGGCGGGAUGAUGGGGUCGGCGGGGCCGUUGGGGGCUGGGAUGGCGGGUGCUAGAAGGGGACGGGGAGGCCGGUUUGGGGGUGAUUCGAGACAUUCGAGUAUGUCGCGGAGUCGGUCGGUCAUUGAUCUUGGCAGUGGGGUGGGAGGGGCUGGCGGGGCGGGGUAUGUUUCGUCGGAUGAGAGUGAUUCGGAGUUGAGGGUUAGUAUUGAUCAGAUUAAUCUGGAGGGGGAUGGGGAGGAUGACGAGGAUGAGGAGGCGAGGGAGGUCGUGGAGAGGAAGAAGAAUGGCAAGGGCAAGGGUGUGGUGAAGUAUGCGGAUGAGGAGAGGGGGUUGAGGCCCAUUCGCGUGGAGAGGCAUGAGCAUGAGGAGCGCACGGUUAGUGUGAAUAUGGAGUCGAGUACGAGCAAGUCGGCGGAGUUGAGGGAGCAGGCGAAGGCGAAGGCGAAGGCGAAGGGUAAGGGGGAUGAUGGGGAUGAUGAUGAUGAUGCGUUGUUUGUGGUGCAGGAUGAGGUGGAGGAGGGGGUCAAGGUCAAGGAUGAGCCGAAGGAUGAUGAUGAGGAUCAUGUUAUGGUUGAUGUUCCCGAGGCGCCGACCACCGAUGAUGGCUUCCUGCCGGUGCAGAAGGUCAAGGUGCGCAGACGCCUGAGUCCCCCCGAGACGGCCGAGUCGACCCCCCAGCCCGACACGGAUGAUGCUCCCGCCGUCAAGGACCCGAAGAGUCUGCUACGCACCAAGGAGGAUAUCGAGGAGUACGAGCGACACGAGCAGGAUCUGGAGAUCGUGAAGGAUCUGUUCCAGAAGGAGCCCGAGCCGGAACCCAAGGAGACGGAGACGACCCCAGCGGAGGGAGACGCCCCGGAUGUGGUCGCAAACGACCAGGAUAAGGGCAAGGAGAAGCAGGAGGACAAGGACGACGCCGAUGCCGAAGAGGACCACUCCAAGGACAAGCUGGCGGGUCAGCUGUUCCUGAUGCAAUUCCCGCCCAUGACGCCGAACCUGGUGGUGCCGGGCAGCAACCUCGAGAAUAAUGCCGAUGGAGCGGCUACGGGGACGACUACGGGCCAGGCUGAUGGCAGCGGAGGGGAGCAACAGCAACAGCAGGGCGUCAAGCGCGAGGAGGGGGCGGAGAUGGUGGAUGGCGGGGAGGAUGGCGCAGCCACGAGGGGCAGCUCCAAGGUGGUCACGGCAUCCGACUGGGGGCUCAGCGCCGGACGCGCCGGCAAGCUGAACGUGCAUGCAUCCGGGCGGGUGACGAUGGAUUGGGGUGGCAUCAGCUUCGAGCUGGAUCGGGCCACGGCCGUCGACUUCCUCCAGGAGGCAUUGAUCGUGUCGACCCCGCCGGGUGCGACGGAUGAGGAGUUCCCCGACGACGAGAAGAAGGUGUGGGCCAUGGGCCAGCUCAGCGGCAAGUUCACCGUGAUGCCGGACUGGAGCAAGAUGCUGUGAUGGAUGGCUGGGAUAGACGGGAUGGAUAGUGGGGAGAUGUGGUGGUGGUGGUGUUCUUGUUUAUUUGGAGGCAGGGUAUUAGUACGUACGUCAUCGGGUAACGAACGAACGGGGUUGCGGAAGUGGGAUGGAUGGCUGGGAGGGAUGAUCACAUUGUUGUC